GCUAAAGAGCGCAGAAGCUGGACACGGUAGGGAAAGACAAAGGGGAAAGACAAAGAGAAAGAUCGGCAACAAAGGAGGAGGCGAACCAGGAGAUCAUGGCGCCGGUUGGUCUCCCCCCAGGCUUUAGGUUUCAUCCAACUGAUGAGGAGCUUGUGAACUAUUACCUCAAGAGGAAGGUCCAUGGCCAGAGCAUCGAACUCGACAUCAUCCCAGAGGUAGACCUCUACAAGUGUGAGCCUUGGGAGCUAGCAGAGAAAUCGUUCCUGCCCAGUAGAGACCCUGAGUGGUACUUCUUUGGGCCAAGGGAUAGGAAGUAUCCAAAUGGAUGCCGGACGAACCGAGCAACUCGGGCAGGAUACUGGAAAUCAACCGGUAAAGAUCGAUCCAUCAACUACCAGAAGAGGUCAAUCGGUAUGAAGAAGACAUUAGUCUUCUACCAAGGCCGAGCUCCUCAGGGGAUCAGGAGCAACUGGGUCAUGCAUGAGUACCGCAUCGAGGAAAGCGAAUGCAACAACACCAUGGGGGUUCAGGACUCCUAUGCGCUAUGUCGGGUUUUCAAGAAAAAUGUGCCGGCUGGUGAAUUUGAAAAACAAGGGGAAUGCAGCUCAUCACAGGCUAAAGGAAAUCAAGAACAGGUUACAGAAUUCGAGGAUGCUGGAGAGUCCUCAACUGCAAACGAGAAUGACAAAGACAAUUCUUGGAUGCAGUUCAUAGUGGAAGACCUGUGGUGCAGCAACAAAACCAAGUAAUGAACUAGAGAAUGCAGCUUGCUCAACAUGAUCUAACCAGAAAAUCCAGCACUAGUUACACUGCGUAUCUUUGUAUAUGUUUGAUAAAAACACUUCUCACUUUGGACAGUAUGAACACUUAAGUUUGGACUCUGAUUCUUGAUGUAGGCUUAUACUUUUCUUCUUUUGGUAAUGUAAUAUACAAAUGGGCUACUUUGUACUUGAAGUCCUCUUUUACCUGUAUCCUCGAAU